AUGGCGGACUCAGUGGAGGAUCCGCAGCAGCACGAACUGCAGCAUGCUGCUGUCGAUCAGCAGCAGCAGCAAGGGCAGCAGCAUGGGCAGCAGCAUGAGCAGCAGCACGAGCAGCAGCAUGGGCAGCAGCACGAGCAGCAGCACGAGCAGCAGCAACAGCAGCAGCAGCAGCAGCAGCAGCAGCAGCAGCAUUCUCUUUCUCUUUUGCUGCAGGAUAAACAAGAGUCUCUUACCCCUGAAGAGUUGCAGUCAUUCUUCUCUAAUAUAGAAGAGCCAAGCCCUCAUAUGUCUUCACCUGCCGAUGAAUACCGCCCUCUAGGAAGUCCCCGUUACAGUGUCUGGGGAGCGGGAAGGCAGUCUGUGAUGUGGUCGGGGGUCUCUAGCCAGAGUUCCGUGAGUGAAGAAGAGACUACAGCCCCUAAAGAGCAAGAGAGCUGGUUAGGGUUUAUUAAAAGCAUUUCGCCGCACUUCUUCGGCGGAGACCCGAUAAAACAAAGACAAGCAAAAAUGUUGUUAAUCGAAGCUCUAGACCACUUCGAUCUCGUCAACGAUUUGUUUUUUCUUUUGAGGGUUUCUCUGGUUUUAUAUCGGCGUCGAUUCUUCAGCGACCUCCGCAGCAUUCGUUUUGUGCUGCUGUGGUUGGGGUGUUUGCGAUUGUUUGUGCCGUUUGCCGUCUUUGGGGAGAUAAAGCGCUCGGGAACAGAAUGCCCUCAGGCGUUGUUUAUGUUUGAGCGGCUUACCUGGACGUUUCAGCUGUUGAUGCGUUUAAUUGAAGACCUCCCUCAGCUUCUGAUGUCUUUUAUAUAUCUUAUUAAUUACGGCAAAGACAACUACGCUAUUGCUGUCAUCAGCUACAGCAGCAUAAUGUUUAUUAUAACGUCAAUUCGAAUGGGCAAGCGAUAUCCUUUCAAAGGCACUCUGUAUCUCCUCUUCUCUUCAAGAGCUCCUAU